AUGAGAACUACAUUCGCUUUCGCCGCUCUGGCUUUGGCUGGAUAUGCCACUGCCCAGACCUCAACUUCCUGUGAUCCCCUCAAUACAACCUGUCCUGCCGACUCUGCUCUUGGCACCUCGCAUACAUGGUAUUUCAACGAGACUCUCGACUCCACCAUCUGGAACAUGACCGACGGCUCUCUCGAUUAUACCGACGACGGAGCCGAGUUUACCCUCAAAACAAAUGGAUCCUCUCUUCUACUCCAGUCCAACUUUUAUAUUUUCUUCGGUGUCGUCGAAUCAUGGGUCAAGAUGGCCAAGGGACCUGGUAUCAUUAGCAGUGUGGUUCUCGAAUCCGACGAUCUCGACGAAAUCGACUGGGAAUGGCUCGGAUAUAAUACUUCACUCGUCACCACCGAUUUCUUCGGUAAAGGCAACACCACCGGAUACGAUCGUGGUACUUAUAACUACGUGGAGAACGCCGACACCGAGUUCCACAACUACACCACCCAUUGGACCGCCGAGAAAAUUGAAUGGUCGGUAGAUGGCACAGUUAUUCGCUCACUUCCCUUCAACGACUCCCUGGCACUUGGUGGAAAGAACUACCCCCAGACUCCCUGCCAGGUCAAGGUCGGUAUCUGGGCUUCCGGCGAGGUGGGCGAAUCUGCGGGUACCAUCGAAUGGGGUGGUGGUCUGGUGAACUGGACCAAUGCUCCUUACACCAUGACUGUCCAGAAGAUCCGUGUCGAGGACUUCAGCAGCGGCAAGGAGUACAAGUAUGGCAAUCAUUCAGGUGAUUGGCAAAGUAUCGAGGUUAUCUCGGGUAACUCUACCACCGUCACCGAAUUGAACAAGAAGCCCAAGGAGACAUUAGCAGAGAAGUGGGAUGACCUCGGAGAAGGAGCCCACAUUGGAGUUUACGCCGGUGCCGGUGUAGCCGGCGCACUCAUGAUCGGUGCAUUCACAUGGUGGUGCGUACGUCAACGCAGCAAGGGCCGUUUGGAACACGCCCUCGACGACACCAAAUAUGAGGACCAGCGUACGGAAAUGCAGAACUAUCAGAAUAAUUGGAAGCAAAGCGAAUGGCGAAACAGUGGCUAUAAGCAAGUCACCUCUUGA